UUCCAGGAAGUUAUUUUGAGAUCUUUAAAUAAAAAAGUAAAACCUUGCGCUUUGCCUUUGAAAUAGUCCAGAGGCUAAGCUUAUUUCAUUGAAACGAAUUAGAUAUAUUUCAGGUUUUAUUUCCAAAGUGAUCGUGUAGCAGUAUGGCCUCCAUAUGGCAGUAGCUAAGAUGUUAUGCAAUAAACGUGACACCGACCGAGCAGCGGUGUCUGCUGGUUACGCAAAGGGCUAGAUAUAGCCAUUUUAGCUGAAUUUAGCAUGAAGUUAGCUUGUUUUGUCAGUACUGUAUAGCGGUCUCAUACAAGGCGAAAUCGGACUCUUCCCCGCCGUUUAAGCUAGAUUUUGAACGUCAUCUCCAAGCAAUGGCUCUGAUGACAUCGGCAAGAAAACUAUUUCAUGUUUCGUUCCGAGAAAAUUCUCUACGACGAGCUGAAGCACUCAUUUCAGCAACAAACACAACGUCGUGGAACUUAUCAUUGGCCGGUCAUAGAAUGGCCUGUAUUCGUGUAAGGGAUUUUAGCACCAACACACAACCUCUUAGAGCUGACAACAAGGUGACGGUCCACUUCACCAAUCGAGAUGGAGAGAAGAUCUCUAUCAAAGGCUCUCCUGGAGACUCUCUCCUAGAUGUCAUUAUCGACCAGGACCUCGAUUUUGAUGGGUUCGGCGCAUGUGAGGGGACACUGGCCUGUUCUACCUGUCACCUGAUCUUUGAGGAAGACGUGUAUAAUAAGCUGGGCCCCAUUACUGACGAGGAGAUGGAUAUGCUGGACCUGGCCUACGGACUCACAGACACGUCCCGCCUGGGUUGCCAGAUCUGCCUGACCAGAUCCCUGGAAGGCAUGACAGCGAGGGUGCCUGAGAGUGUGGCAGACAUCCGACAGAGUGGAGACGGGUCCUCAUAAUGGCCACCCCAGGCCAGAGUAAUAGAUGUACUGACAUUUGCCCAAAUCAAUGCUUUAUUUCAACACUAGCAUGACCAAAUAAUGCC